CACUACGCGACAGUCAUCUGUGUCAAAUUAAAAGUCUUGCACAAUAUACCCUCUUUCGUGCCUAUUCAACUCAUAUAAUUUGGUCAUGACAUGAGUGAUGUACUUUGAAAAUGUAUUAACAAAAGCAUUUCAUGCGCAUUUUUUUUGCAUAUGCGUCGAAGACCUACAGCUGAGACAAGCUCUCAGGUGGACGAAUGCCAAAACCUGAUUCAAAGAGUGCCUCAAAGACUUCAUGUCUUUCUUGGCUGUCUCACGUGUGCUUGCCUCCCCGCUCCUCCUUCUCCAGGACUGCUCCUGCAUCUCCCACACUCAGGUCCAGCCCAUGGACAUAGAGGAGUGCUAUGAGGACACCAGUCAGCAUCUGUUGGGCUCCCGGGGCACCCCUCGACACCCGCCAGUGGGAUGCGGCGACGACAUUGCGGCUUUGUCAGCAGACCCUGCCCAUUACCAGUUCCUCGUUGAGCUGGGGUGGGGGUUCAACAACCUGAGCCAGGUCCACAUGGCCCGCCACACUCCAACUGGCCAGCUGGUGGCGGUAAAACAAACUAACCUGGAUGAGUGCACAGAGGAGGAGCUGCUGCAGCUCUUGAAUGAGGUUUUCCUGUCCAGGCGGGUCCGUCACCCAAACCUGCUGACGUUCCGACUCGUCUUCAGCUCUUGCUGCCAGCUGUGGGUCCUCACGCCGCUCAUGGCCUACGGUUCUGCACACUUCCUAAUGAGGACAUACUUCCCUGAUGGUAUGAGCGAGUCCUUAAUAGCGUACUUGCUAUAUGGCGUGUUGCAGGCCUUGGAGUACCUGCACCGCAUGGGCUACGUUCACAGGGGUGUGAAAGCCAGUCACAUCCUGUUAUCAGAAGAGGGGCGUGUCUACCUGUCGGGACUCCACGGUGUUUACAGCAUGAUGCGUGAAGGGAAGAGGAUGAGGGCGGUGUUUGACAUGCCCCACCACAGCCCCGCCCUGGUGCCUUGGCUCAGCCCCGAACUACUGCAACAGGAUCUCCAUGGUUAUGGUGUGAAGUCUGAUAUCUACAGUUUGGGUAUUGCCGCCUGCGAGUUGGUGAGCGGCAGGGUACCUUUCCAGGAUAUGGCACCCACUCAGACUCUGCUCCUGAAGCUGCGAGGUUUGCACCGGUGCCUGCCGGACACCGCUCUCUUCCCGCUCAGUGAGAUGGGGGGGCUGAAAGCGUCCCGGUCCGGGGUGGACUCUGGCAUGGGGGAGAGCGCGGCCACCGGAAGCGCCAGUCACAGCACCACCGCCCCUCCGCCCGCCACAGAAGGACUUCGGAGUCCCGGACCUAAAAACCACUCGGCCACAUUGCACAAUUUGGUGCAACUGUGUCUGCAGCAGCAACCUGAGCGCAGACCAUCAGCCUCCACCCUCAUGACCCACGCUUUCUUCAAACAGGUGAAGAGGCAGAGCAGAGAUUCCUUCAUGAGCCUUGUUUACCCAGCGGUGCCACUCACCAGCUCCGAAGUGCCGCUUUUAUCCUGCCCCCCCACCCCUACCUGCCACACUCAAACUGCAGCCCCAGCUGAGGUGUCGUGGGAUUUCUCCUAAAAGACAACCAAUUCUAUAAUUUGUCAUCUGCUGUGUUAAAAGAACAGAAAAGUCUGAGCAAUGUUAAAAUGGACAUCUAUUACGUACUUCAUACAUACCUCUUGUGACAUGAACACGAAGAUUUAGUGCUUUUGUGGUGAAGGGGGUGUGGGAUGCUCUUUGUUACUCAAUAUUCGCACUAAAGCCUGCGGUGGACCUAAAAAGUCUACACACCCCUGUUCCAAUGCCAGCUUUUUGUGAUAUACAAAAAUAAUGAUACUAUGAGAAAUAAUUUCCAAACUUUUUAGACCAUUGAUGGGGCCUACUCAAUCGGAACAAAAAAAGGGUUGCAAAACUACACACAUCCGCUUAUAACGUGAUGUGGCUGUUUUUGGAAUCAACAAAUCACAUUCAAUUCAUGUUAAUUUGGAGAUGUGCUCCAUUAGAGAGUUCAACAGCAAAAGAAAAAAAAGAAAACCCCCGCAGGCGGACAGCACCUGCAGCUUUACCUAGUUUUAUAAUUGUGAGAGGCCAAAAUUUAAAUCACUAUUAAAAAUUGACUCAUUGUCAGUUUGUACGUUAAAAGUCAAAACAGUUUUGUCUGAAUUGUGAGCAGUGAUGAGUUAUUUGCGCCAAACAUGCUUUUUGGAAUUACUUGGUCAAAAUUUUGGUUUCAUCAGACCGGAUCACAUUUGUCCACGUGCUUGUGGGAUUUCAAAUGUGUAUUUGUAAACUAAUGAAGCCAAGAGUCAACCUUCUCGCCAUAAUUCCAAAAGGUCUGUUUGGUCCAAACACAGCGCUCCUUAUCAAAACCACUGCCCUGAAAUAGGCCGGUGGCAACGUCAUGUUUUGUGGCUGAUUUUCUUCAGGUGGAGGACAAGGAGGAGAGAAUUAUGAACAUUUUCAAAUAGCACAUAACAUACCGGCUUCUGUGAGAAAGGGAAAAAAAAAACGUCAGAAAAACCAUUUAACACCCUCAACUCCCAUUUUGUAUGUGAUGGGUUCACUCUGAACACAGCCACAUUCCAGUUUAGGAGGGUGUGCACAGUUGUGCAAACACAUCAGUUUAUUUGAUUUCCAAAUGAAUUUUACAGCAGUUGAGUUGUAGAUAGUAACGGCCACGUGACUGGUGGAAUGUUUUGAAAUAAUUUGUCAUAAUCUCCAUUUUUAUAUGACAAAAUCCUAGCAUUUGAGCAGCUGUGUAUGGGCAAUCUUCUACCUACUGUCAAUGAAAAGUUCAAACAACAGUAUACUCUCAUGGAAAACUUGGAAAGGGAGUUGGAUGAGCACACAGAAAAUAUUUCUGGGCAAUCUAGACGGCACAAAUAUGCUCAUUAUUUUCCCUCCAUGUUCUAUGUUUUAGAAUCACUCAGCAUUCACAGCAAAUUCCAAUUCCAAUUGUUGAAGUGAUAAAACGAUGGAGGUGUCCUACCUCGUUUGAAAUGGCCUUUGAACAAAAGGGGGCAGUGCACAAAAAACAAAGAAAAGGCCACCUCCUGCUUAUUCGAAGUGACCUCUGUGUUGUGUGUCGUAC